GUAAGUUUCUCAUCAAUUCUAGCUUCUCUUUGCCCUUUUGUGGGGCAUUCACCAGCUCAGUUUCAGUUCCUUCCUCAAAUAUAUUCUCUUCCCCGCUCAUAUUUUUCUAUCUGUCUAUCUAUUUUGUGAGAGGAGAGGCGGCGGAGAUCGAUGGACAUUUCGAGUUCUAACAACGCCUUUACCAUCAAGCCGCAGAAGGCUGUAGGUCUUCACAGAUUUUUGUGUAUGCAAGGUGGGGACGAUGAUGGAAGUUACGCGAAGAAUUCUCAAGCUCCUGCUUCGGCCAUAACCUUAUGCAAACCAUUGCUUUUGACUGCCAUCCAGUCGAUGAAACUUUUCUUCAACAAUAAAGAUGAGGCGGAUUCUGUAAGGAUAGCCGACUUGGGUUGUGGAACUGGGUAUAACACUUUGGCCACAACUGACAUGAUUGUCGAGAGCUUGAAGCAGCGAUAUCUCAAAGAGUGUGGGUUCAAGCCUGAAUUUGAAGUCUUUUAUUCUGAUCUUCCAUCAAAUGAUUUCAACUAUUUGUUCCAGUCGUUGAAUGCCUUGUUUUCUGAUAAGAAAACAAGGCCUUAUUAUGUUGCUGGCGUCCCCGGUUCUUUUUAUCAUCGUCUCUUUCCAAAAGGAAAACUUCAUAUUGCCGUUAGCUUAAGUGCCUUGCACUGGCUCUCCCAGAUACCAGAAGUGGUGUUGGAUAAGAGAUCAGGAGCAUGGAACAAAGGAAGAGCAUGGAUCGAUGGGGCAAAGAAGGAAGUUGCGGAAGCAUAUGCAAAGCAAUCAGAAAAGGAUUUGGAUGAGUUUUUGAAAUGCAGGAAAGAAGAGAUUGCAAUAGGAGGAAUGUUGUUUAUAUUAAUGGGAGGAAGACCUGGAUCAUGCCCUCCUGAGAAUCAGUUGGGUGAUCCUGACUCAAGGGCUAAACACCCUUUCAAUGACUCCAUGGAUCAGGCUUGGCAAGACCUAGUAGAUGAGGGUUUGAUAGAGGAGGAGACAAGAGAUAUGUUCAAUAUUCCGGCAUAUAUGAGAAGCAUGGAGGAGGUGGAAAAAGGAAUGAAGAGAUGUGGUGGAUUUGAGAUAGAAAAAAUGGAGUAUAGGAGAAUAGUGGAGCAUUCUGAAGAGAAGCAAAAGGAGUGGAUGAGGGAUCCGGUUUCGUACGGUAGAGCCAAGACUAACAUGCUGCGGGCUGCUCUCAGGCCCAUCCUUCAGGCCCACCUCGGCCCGUACCUCUCCGACCAAUUCUUCAAUCGCUUUGAGAAACGCGUUUCUUCUGAUCUUAAUCUUCUCCAUAAAACUUGUUUUUAUGGUGUUAUAGUGGUUUUUGCAAUCCGAAUUUGA